AUGGCCAUUCAAGACGAGGACAAAACCGCAUUCCGCACACCGACAGGGCUGUACUGCUACACCAAGAUGCCUUUCGGUCUAAAGGAUGCGGGGGCGACCUAUCAGAGAUUGAUGAACGAAACCUUCAGCGAUGCCAUUGGCAAGUACAUCGAGGUAUACAUGGACGAUUCGGUGAUUAUGAGCAAGGAAGAAAGCAUGAUGCUGGUAAACAUCCAAAAGACCUUCAACACGCUGUGCAGCGUAAGCAUCAAACUAAAUCCGGCAAAAUGCUCGUUCGGCAUGGAAGAAGGAAAAUUCUUGGGCUUCAUUGUCACAAGAGAUGGCUUCAAGGUAAACCCAGAAAAGGUCCAAGCAAUCGAAAGGAUGCCCUCCCCAUCAAACCUCAAAGACAUGCAAAAAUUAGCAGGACGGUUAGCAGCGCUCAAUCGUUUCCUAGCUAAUCACGCCGCAAAGUCUUUUCCGUUCAUCAAAACAUUGCACAACUGUAUGAAGAAAAGCCAAUUUCAGUGGACUCCGGAAGCAGAGAGUGCGUUCCACGAGAUGAAAGAUUGCCUCAUCAAACUGCCAACACUAACCGCACAAAUCAAAGGAGAGCCCUUGGUACUGUACCUAUCAGCCUCUGAUAAGGCAGUUGGAGCAGUGUUACUCGUCGAUCGUCAAGGUAUCCAAACACCAGUCUACUAUGUGUCGCGAACCUUAACCGACCCAGAAACGCGGUACGCCAUCAUGGAGAAGCUAGUCCUCGCACUAAUCCAUGCGUCAAGACGGCUGCGAAGGCCUAGACCAACAAUCAAAGGCCAAGUACUAGCAGACUUCAUGACGGAAGUACCCGAUGACAAGGAUCGGGAAUGUAAAGCAAUGGAAAAGGCUGAGAAGAAGCAAGUAGAAGAACCGUGGUUGUUGUACACGGACGGAGCGUCAAACGAAGAUGGCGCAGGCGCAGGGCUUCGACUAGUGAGUCCUGACAAACACGAAUUCACAUAUGCCAUACUCCUGGAUUUCAAAAGCACAAACAACGAAGCCGAAUAUGAAGCUUUCCUAGCUGGCUUAAGGUUGGCGAUCAAAAUGGGAGUCCGACACAUCGAAGCGCAUGUGGACUCCAUGUUAGUGGCUGGCCAGAUCAACGGGCAAUAUGAAGCCAAGGGGGAUGUAAUGCCACUCUAUCUAAGUCAAGCAAAGACGUUGCUACAAACCUUAUAUUCCUACAAGGUGCAUCACAUAAACAGAAGCGAGAACAAACCAGCAGACGCGCUGAGCAAACUUGCAUCUACAAGCUUCCAACACCUAGCAAAGGAUGUGCGCAUAGAAGUUCUGAGCAACCCGUCUGUUCCACUAAGGGAGGUAAGCGUCAUACAAACGGGAACAACGUCAUGGAUGACCCCAAUAAUCAUGUACCUCCAAUCCGGGAUUCUCCCAGAAAACAAAGCGGAGGCAAGAAAAAUCCAAUACAAGGCCGAGCAUUACCAAAUGGCUGAUGGAAUUUUGUACAGAAAGUCAUACCUUGGCCCACUGCUGAGAUGCGCAGACGCUGAAGACGCAAAUUAUUUGAUCCGGGAAGUCCAUGAAGGAAUCUGUGGUAUACACGCCGGGCCGAGAAUGGUGGUGGAAAAAGUGAUGAAUGCCGGGUACUACUGGCCCGGAAUGCAUUUAGACGCUGUGAAAGAGUUAAGGAAAUGCAUUGGAUGCCAAAGACAUGCGCCCAAGACAAUGCGCCUCAAUAAUGAGUUGGUACCAGUCACAACCGCAUGGCCGUUCCAGCAAUGGGGCAUAGACAUGGUCGGCCCCUUCCCAGAAGCCCCAGGGGCGGUCAAAUUCAUAAUAGUCGUAGUCGACUAUUUCACCAAAUGGGCAGAGGCAAAAGCACUUGCAUAA